AUGGAUGAAAAUAUAACAAUGUUUAUGGAUAUAAAUGGACAGCGUCAUUUUCUUGAAGUGGGCCAGUUGUAUUUGUUUGGUAAGCUUUUGCCACCCAAUGACAGCCACAAUAAUGUCUUCCAUAUUGAGCAUGAAGAUGUGGACGAGAAACACUGUUGUGUCGAAGUCUCUUCGCCAGAAGAUGUUAAACUUUAUGAUCUAUUUAGCUCUAAGGGAACUUACCUAAAUGGUAAACGCUUAAUGCCCCUUACAAAGUUGGCUGUAAAAUCGGGUGAUGUCAUAAAAUUGGGCCAAUAUCAAUGUCUACGAUUUUAUAACGAUGAACAGCUGGAAGUUUCCCAUGACAGCAGUGGUUUUGGUGACAAUAAUAAAAACACGUCCGACAUAAUUGCCUCAAGUCCUGAGACAUCAGCGCAUAGAUUAAAACGAGUAAACAAUAAUAAUUCUGAUAAUUUCCUGGUGCCAGCAAUACCAUCCAACACUACAAAAUCAUCAGUCUCUGCAGUAACAAAGUCACAAUCUUCCAGAUUAAGUAAUAGUUUUGUUGUACCAGAAACAGAAGCAGUUCUCUCAAAUAGUCGUCGUAGUUCACUGGGAUUCAAUACAUCAAAUAAUAAAAGUCGAAACAGUGAUAGUUUCAUUAUACCCGAAACACAAUAUUGCAGUGGUGGUGGACGGGCAUCAUUGGCUUCAAAUCUUUCCAUUGCUGAGAGUACAACCUCGGAAGGUGAUAAAACCCGUAUGGAAGGAAACUUUAAUAAUUCCACGGGUGAUGAUGAUUUUUGUAUACCAGAAACCCAGGAAUUUGUAUGUUCACAAAGGCCACGUCCAUUUAAGGAAAAAAUGACCACCCUUGAAGAGAAAUCAGUGGACUUGAAUGAUUCCGAUGAUGAGGGUAUAAAUGGCAUAAAUGGCAGUGACAGUCAAAUACGAAUUUGCACCCAAGAUUACAAUGAUGGUUUUGGCGAAGAAGACAAUUCACUGAUGCAGUCACAAGUUAUACCCCUUAUUAAACACAAUACAGUAUUAUUGAAUACAACUGCAGCCAAUCCGCCUAGACAGGAAUUAAGUCCUGACAAAGAGCACACUACAGAGGAAGAUAAUGAGGUGGCCAAUAUUAAUUCGGAUGUGGUUGAAAAUGAAGUCAAUCCCCAAAUCAACGAUGAUUUAAAUUGUUCAACACCUGAUCUCUUUGAUUGUCAAGCUUUAGAAGCCAUUGUCAAUGAGAAUAAUCAAGCUGUUACUGCUUUAAUGAAUGAUGGGGUAAAUAUUUUUGAAAACGAUCCUCCAACCACAUCGGCUGCUGGUGGUGGUAUGGAGGAUGAAGAAGACUAUUUGGCGACUCAAAUGUUUCCAGCUUCAAGCAAUUCCUCGAACAAGUCUAGCAACAAUGCCAUGGUAGAUAAAACCGAUAAAAAGUCAAAGGAAAAGAAUAUUUUUGAUGGUAACGAUGAUGAAGCGUUAACACUUAGUGACAAGGAGAACAUGCAACCGGACAAAUUAGAUCCCAUAUCUGAUUUACCACCCACUCAGCUAUUUGCCAGUAAUGGUGCUUCUUCGGAACAUUCCUCAACUUCUACGUCAUCGUCACGUAAAAGUAAUACACAUAAAAUAGAGGAUAAACAAACAAAACAAGUCCCAAUUGGAGUUGUUAAACCCUCAUCAAAUGUUAGUCAAAAACAAAUAGAUGAGGAUGUAUUAGCAGAACCACCAGCAGACAAUGUUAUGGGUGAUGAUGAAGAUGAUAUACUAACCCAAGCGUUUGUACCACCACCCAGAAUAACAAAAUGUACAACAACUUCAAUUGGAUCAAGCAUAAAAGCCACAAAUAAUUGUUUCAAUUCCACCUUAUUGGAAGAUAAAAACUUGGAUAGAAAUCCGGCUGCUUUCUUCGCCGAAGUUGAAACAAGUCCAAAGGGAUUAGAAAAAUCCAUUAGCAAUACAAAAGCCUUCAAAAUGCCCGAGCGAAAUGUGUCCACGGUUAAGAAAACAUCUUCGGCUGUCAGUACCGCAUCCACAGAAUCGGAUAUGGAUUUAUUAAUGUGUACACCACAAUUCAUUAAAGAACACAUACCAUUUUCUAAAUCCGAUGAUUUAAGGAAAAGUAUUUUGGCUGUUAAAAACAAAAAUCUAUUUGGUGAUGAUGAUGAAGAUGACGAUAAGGAAGAUUCUGAUAAGGAUGUAUGUUUAGUACAAUUAAUAAAUGUGCCUAAAAAUACCAAUGAUUUUGAUAAACUAUUGCCACAUUUGAAACAAGGGACUGACAAUGAAAAGAAAUCUCAGCUGACAAAGGAACAAAAGGCGGCCUUGGAAGCCCGAAAAGAGUACAAAUUUAAUGCAUCCUUUGGUGAGGAACAAAAUUCCAAAAAAGAUGGGAAAACAAGUUCGUCUACUCUGAGCCGUGAUGAAAGACAUGCGGCCAGAGAUCGUGAAAAAGAGGAUAAGCGAAAAUCCCAUAAUGGGGAAAAGGCUAAAGGAUCUACUCGCCACAAGAAAAAAGAUGAAGCUUCUUCUGGCAUUUCCAAAAAGGAGAGAGAAAAUGCCAUUGACAAUAAGAAAACCACAAAUGAAAAAGAUGAAAAAACUUCAGCGGAAGAAUUGCCAUCGACUUCAAAGAAAACGGAAACGAAACGCAGUAGUCGUAAAACCAAGGAUGAAAAAGAAGAAAAUAAACCCAUAGCGAAGAGACAAACACGAUCAGCACAGCAGGAUACAGCAUCGUCGAAAGAUGAAGAAAUUACUGUUGUCAAUCAGGCCAACUCCCGGCCAUCACGACGCAAUACAAGACUCCAGUCGUCAGAAAUGCUAGUCGAAAAGGAAACAAAAGUGCCAGCUAGACGCAAUACUAGACUUAAGUCGAAAGAAACACAGUCAAGUAAAGAUAGCGUUAUGACAACAGACGAUUUGGAUUCGGUAUCUACCCAGCCAUUCAUACGCCACACGCGUGCCCGAACACGUUCACGUUCUCAGCAGAAAGAUUCAAAUGAAGCUAUGGAAAAAUCUUCAAAUUCAUCAACUUCUACAGUGCCUCGCGUAAAUCUAAAUUCGAGCAGAACGCUAAAUCAUAGCAAUAGCAGAAUGAAUACAUCCUCUUUAAAUAAUAUUGAAAAUAACAUUUCAGCUGGUCGUAAGCGUAAAUCCGAAUUAACGGCACCGCAACAAAUUGACGAAAAGAAACGAUUGAAACGAGUCAACUCUCAAGAUUCCACAACAUCCUCAGCUACCUCUACGUCGUUAAGUGUUUCCCCAAGACCGUUAAUUUCCAUAACAAUGGUUGAUCCUGAGCGUUUCGAGAAAUUACAAUCUAAAUCAAAUGGUUUAUGGGCUGUGGCCAAAGAUCCCAAAGAAAGUCAAAUUUUAGUAAUGGACAAAACAUUCCGUACCUUUAAAUUCCUAUUGGCUAUGGCGCGCGGAAUACCCAUUGUAACAUCACAAUGGCUCAACGACAUAAAUACAGCCAAAUCAAUUAAAAAAGUUCCUCCCUUGAAUAAAUAUUUACUAAAUGAUCCUGGCUUUGAGAAAAAACACAAAUUCACACUGGAAACGUCACUUCAAUUGGCCAGAGAAAAUAAACAGGGCCUAUUUCAUGGUUAUGAAUUUGUAAUGACUACAAAUAUUAAACCAACACCAGCUGAAUUGAAAGCCAUUAUUGAAAUUUCCGGUGGUAUUGUCCACACCAAGAGUCCACCACCUGCUAAAGAAAAUCAAAAAAUUUAUUUAAUUUCUUGUAAUGAUGAUCGCAAGGAUUGGCAUAAAUUUAGACGGAUAAAUAAGAAUAUUACUAUAAUUACCACAGAGGCUAUAAUGUCGUCUAUAAUGCGUCAAAAUUGUACACCAUUGUCAAAUCAUGUAUUGGUUUAAAAAUUCUAAUGUAUUUUUUCGAUAUACAGUCGAU